AUGAUCAACAAAUCUACCCAAGUAGCAUUUGAUGGAAUAGAAAAUUAUUUUGUAUUUAAUUGUGAGUAUGAAGGAAAUAAUGCUGCAACUCAAGUGACUAUUCCGAACAAUUUUAUGGAAUUUAAUAAACCAAAAACUGAAGAUAAGUCUUGUGGUAUAGAGUCAUCAAACAAUAAUUCUUGUUUAUCUUGUAAUACUUUCCAUGGUUUUCAGUCCAUUGAAUCUGAGCAAUCAUUAAAAGACAUAACAGGCAUAACGUUUAAAAUAUUUGACUUUCUGCUAUCAUUAAUACCAAAUAAUAUAAACUCUCAGACUAUUCUAAGUAAAGAAAAUUAUCUUUUGAUUUUUUUAAUGAAACUUAAGUUAGGUUUAACUUAUUCUGCACUGAGUGUUUUUUUCAAAAUUCACAGAACUACUGUUAGUAGAGUUUUUUUAGAAUGUUUACACAUUUUGUCUAAAAAAUGCAAAAAUUUAAUAUUUUGGCCUUCUAAAGAUACUAUUUUGGAUACUCUACCUGUUGUAUUCAAAAAAAAUUAUCCAAACUGUAGAUGUAUCAUAGAUUGCUCUGAAAUCAGAGUUGAACAACCCAAAACUAUAAAACAAAGAGUAUAUAUGUAUUCUCACUAUAAAGGUUGUUAUACUGUGAAGGUACUUGUGGCUAUUACCCCUAAUGGGAUGGUAAGCUUUUUAUCAAAAGCAUAUGGUGGCAGGUCUAGUGAUUCCUUUAUUACGAAUGAUUGUGGGUUCUUAGAUAAACUUGAAAUUGGGGAUGAAGUACUUGCUGACAAAGGUUUUCCUGGUAUAAAAUCUGGGAUAGAAGGUCAAAAUUCUAUACUAGUUAUGCCUCCAAUAUUACACAACCGUAGAUUUUCUGAAGAAGAAUUACUUAAAACUUACAAUGUUGCAAGUGUAAGGAUACAUGUAGAGAGAUUUUUUGCUAGACUAAAAUUAUUUAAUGUGUUCAACAAGAUAACUAUUAAUACACAUAGAUGA